CUCGCGGCCGCCGCACGUCCCGCUCCCGCCCGCCGCUCGCUAAUUCCACGGUGAAUCCAGUGUUUUAGUGUCAUGUGAUAGUGCAGUGUUAACAAUGGAGUCCACGCCGAUCUGCCGGUGCCGUGUGCUGUACCUCGGCUCGGCGGUCCCGCAGCAGAGCAAGGACGGCCUGCAAGGCAUCCAGGAGCCUCUGCGCGAACUGUAUCCGGAAAAGGGAGCGACAACCGGCGGCAUAGACUCGUGGCUUUCGGUGUGGUCGAAUGGAAUUCUGUUAGAGAACGUGGACGAGAGCGGCUCGCGAGUCUCGAGGUUUUUUCCCAUAUCGAGCCUCCAUUAUUGCGCAGCCGUGAGACGUGUCAGUGUCGAGGGUGCGCCGAGAUUUUUGCCUUUGGACUCUCCGUUCGCCAGAGCGCCCGCGGCACGGCGGCCUCCUUUAUUCGCGGCGGUUCUGCGUCGCACUCAAGGUAUUAAAGUUCUCGAAUGUCACGCGUUUAUAUGCAGACGUGAAGCGGCAGCCAAUGCGCUGGUUCGAUGCUGUUUCCACGCAUAUGCGGAUAGCUCAUAUGCCAAGCGCCUGGAAGCCGAGCGAUCGCCAUCGCAGCUGGCGCCGGAACAGGACGAGGAAGUCGAAGUGUUCGACGGCGACGAGAACCACAAAGUUUGGAUAGGAGAAGUGGAGAGGGAUGACGCCAGCGACGAAAUCCCCCAUCCAGCCAGAGCGCCUCGACCGCGGCAGAUAACGCGACCUGCAUCCGUGCCUCCCCCGCCACCGCCUCCCGAAGAGCCCAAAAAGAAAUCCACAACGAAAAAGUCUAAGAAAAAAUCGUCAGCAUCAGCGGACGAAUUGUACGCCACGAUGCCGGGCCCUGCGCCGCACAUGAACGGGCGGUCUUUGGGGCGAGCUCCGCCGGCUUGGGCGGCCGCACAUCCCAUGGUAUUGGUGGCUCAUCCGGCAGCGACGUUACCGCACGCCCGGCCGGCGACGCUGGGCCACAGAGGCCGCGUCCCGGCCGCGCUGGCUCCAGGGCCUUACGCUGCGCUCCCUCCGCCGGGAAGGGGUAGAAUACAGUACGCAACCGUCGACCCUAGACGCUCGAAACCGCCGCCGCCACCGGCUCUCAAAGCUGCUCAAAGCAUGACCGGUUUGGAAGCUGUAGAAGACGCUGGUGGUAUAUAUAGGAAGAAGGGACACUUAAACGAGCGUGCUUUUUCAUACAGUAUUAGACAAGAGCACAGAAGUCGAUCACAUGGAUCUCUAGCUAACUUAAAGUUCGCUGCUCCACCUGAGGUGGAGACAGGUCGUGAAGAGCUGAAAAAGGAGCGAGAGAUCAUGCAACUGGUGGCCGGGCUGCAGCUGAAUUCAGACGAGAUCGAGCGGCGCGAGCUGCCUCCGCACAUGAUGAGGGGCAGGCAUGCGCCUAGAUAACAUCAUGCCACAUUCGUCGGCAGUGCCAUCACAACCAAAAGCAGUAAAAUCUCAAAUCGCGUGCGCCUUCCGAAUGCUGUUAAUGACAGAAUGGUCAUAUAACACGAACUAAUUUAUUCUUAUAAAGUGAUUCGAUAUACCGUGGCAAUCGAAAGUAGAUUAACCAUUUUAAUCGAUUCCAAUAUCUAGGCAAAUCGAUUAAACGACACCAAUUUUUACAUGAACAUGUUUAAAUCUAUGUUAGUUUAAUAUACCUUAGAAACGAAUAUAUUAAAUGUAAACAGUAUAAAUGUGUAGAUUAAGCGUAGUUUAUUUUUGUAGAACAUUUUUUACCAAAUGCAACAGUUGGAGAUCUUUUGGUUGUAAAGUUUUAUAGAUCUUUGAUUAUUUACAUGUCUAAAUGGAUUUUAAAGUGGAAUAUUUAUGAGCCAAGUGUUGGCUGAUCCAAUCCACUGAGAGAAAAAGACGUGACACAAGCAGCUGUCACUCUGUAGUCACGCAUAGAGGAAUUUAAGUAAGGUCUUUACGCAGUGGUGCGUGACACUAACCAGUCAGUAAAUAAUCAAAGGUUUCAAUAAAUAAAUGCGGGAGAUUAUUUAUAAGUUAAUAAGAUGUAAUGUUGGUUGUAUAGUCAAUAUGUUGCAAAUUUGUUAUAUGUAUUCUUCGAACACUACUAACUUUUCCUUAAUUUUCACUUUUUAAUUUAAACAUUAACCUUUAGGCUGGUUGCAGAGCUUGACCGACCAUCAGUGCGUAGGUACGUCAGUCGCGCUUGUCAUAUGUAUGGAAAUUCAUAAAACCUUUCAUAGCUAG